UCCGGUGACGUCACUGCGAGUCUAGUAGUUUUCGGAGUUUUCGGAGAAAAAACUGUCCAGAAAACCCUACUGGGUCAGAACCUGGAGCCGGUCGGAACCAGCUGAGUCCGGUUCGGUUCGGUUUGGCUGAGCUGGAGACCAGAACCAGGCUCCUCUGUGAUGGAAUGAUGUCAGCGCAGGGUGGGGCUGGUUCCGACCCACUGGCCGGCCAGGAUGCACAGGAGGUUCUGCUUCCUGUUCCUUCUGACCUUCUGCUCCCUCCUCGUCCUGCUCAUCCCAGCCCUCCAGUCUCCAGAACAUCAUCUGGACCCGCCUCAGCCACGACCCCAGAACCGGUCCGCCAGGCCACCUCACCGCGGCACUUCUGGGGAAACGGACCAAGGAGCGACUGUUAGAACCCAACCGCUGGGUCUGCGGCCCGGGGACAGGCUGGACCUGAAGGACAUCUUCAUCGCCGUGAAGACCACCAGGAAGUACCACCGGUCCAGACUGGAGCUGCUGAUCCAGACAUGGGUGUCCCAGGCCAAGGAGCAGACCUUCAUCUUCACCGACGGGGAGGACCAGGAGCUGCAGGGGAGAACAGGAACCAACAUCAUCAACACCAACUGCUCGGCGGCUCACAGCCGCCAGGCGCUGUGCUGCAAGAUGUCUGUGGAGUACGACCGCUUCAUCGAGUCCCACAAGAAGUGGUUCUGCCACGUGGACGAUGACAACUACGUGAUCCUGCCCGGCCUGCGGCGCCUGCUGUCCUCCUACCACCACAGCCAGGAUGUCUACCUGGGCCGGCCCAGUCUGGACCACCCCAUCCAGGCCGCAGACCGGGUCACAGGGGACGGAAAGGUGUCUGUGAAGUUCUGGUUCGCCACCGGUGGAGCCGGGUUCUGCAUCAGCCGAGGUCUGGCUCUCAAGAUGAGCCCGUGGGCCAGUUUGGGGAACUUCAUCAGCACGGCGGAGAAGAUCCGUCUGCCUGACGACUGCACCAUCGGCUUCAUCAUCGAGGCGCUGCUGGACGUCCCGCUCACCCACUCACACCUGUUCCACUCUCACCUGGAGAAUCUGCAGAAGCUUCCUGUUCCCACUGUGCUGGACCAGGUGACUCUGAGCUACGGCGGCUAUGAGAACAGAAGAAACGUGGUCAGCCUGGUUGGAGGCUUCUCAUUGGCUGAAGACCCCACCAGGUUUAAGACGGUCCACUGCCUCCUGUAUCCGGAUACCGAAUGGUGUCCGAAGUCUGACCCCGGAGCUGAAAGGAAGCGGAACCGACAUCCUGCAGAACCGGCAGCUUCUGGAGCCAGAUGGAAAAGUUCCACCAAAAACUAACUAGAUCCAAAAAUAUUUCUGGAUCAAAACCACUUCCUGUUCCUGAACAAAAAUCAGCUGAUGACUGAACACCUAGAUGUGGUCUGUACCACUCCGUACUGGUCUGGACUGAUCCACUCUGGCCAGUACCAGUCUGUACUGGUCCACUCUGGACUGUACUGGUCAGUGCUAGUCCACUCUGAAGGGUACUGGUCCACCAGAAACAGUCAGAACCAGAACCUCUGGAUCUAGUUAAUGACCUUCCUGUUGAAGAGAGAGGUCCACAUCUGGGAGCGAUUAUUAUUAAGAAAACCUAAACAUUUCAUUCUGACUUUGGUCCCGUUACAGAACCAGUUAGGUCAGUUUAAAGCGCGGGUGACCAGAGACGCCGUUACAAUGGAGGAUUUUACUGUCAGGAGCUGCGAACGCUUCGUUAAAAUGCCAAAGGAGAUGAUAUGGAAGAUAAAAGCCUCUAUUAGACCAAAAUGUCUGGAUGUCCUGAGAAAAGAGAAUGAAAGGGUUAAUAGAUCAUUAAAAGGAGGAAACCCUGAUUAGAUCUCCAAUCAUACGGAUGGACUCCAGUUAAAAUCAUUUAUCAACGAGCUCCACUGGCCUGAAGAUCAAUGCAAAUAUUCUUUAUAAGAAUAAAUCUCUUUAUUAGAAGAACUGGUUGGAAAUGAUGUUCAGCAGCUUUUAAAUAAUAAAAGUCUUUUUAUG